CUUCCUGGCAGCAGGCGGCCAUCUUGCCUGGAGCUUGAGAGAGGGAGCAGAGAGAAGGAAAGGGCGACACUGGUCUCAGGGCCGCCCCGGGGGCCUCAAGAGCCGGAGGCAGCCCCGGAGGUGGUCUCUGAUCCCGGGUCCUGCUCUUGAACCCGAGAAGGGAAGGAGGAGGGCGGGGGGAACAAGAUGGAUGGGGAAUGCCAAGAAGGAUUGCUAGACGGGAGGAGGGGCGUCGCUAUGGUGACCGGGGAGGGGCGGGAUCAGAUCUGAAUCGCUGUUGUGUCUUCCGGGAACUGCCCGGGAAGGGCAGGGCUGGGGUGAUGAACAUGCUAGCUGCCGGGUGGUAUUUCGCGACGUCCCGGCGUCGAGGGACUCGGUGUCUACGGCAACGAUCGCCUGGCGGAAGGGGAGAAAUUAAAUCCCUUCACUUGAAACGCUGACAUUCCAGGCCCUUGUCCUGCAGGCUCCCGCGGGGGGACACGCCAGAAGAGGAGGCCGGGGAAUGGCCGCGGUGUGGCAGCAGGUCUUAGCAGUAGACGCGAGUUUCGGACACAGUACAUCCGACGGCGCAGCCAGCUGCUGCGGGAGAAUGCCAAGGCUGGGCACCCCCCAGCACUGCGUCGGCAGUACCUGAGGCUGCGUGGGCAGCUGUUGGGCCAGCGUUACGGGCCCCUCUCCGAGCCAGGCAGUGCCCGUGCCUAUAGCAACAGCAUCGUUCGCAGCAGCCGAACUACCCUAGACCGCAUGGAGGACUUUGAGGAUGAUCCUCGGGCCCUGGGGGCCCGUGGGCACCGCCGUUCCGUCAGCCGAGGCUCCUACCAGCUACAGGCACAGAUGAACCGUGCUGUCUAUGAGGACAGGCCCCCUGGCAGUGUGGUGCCCACAUCAGCGGCAGAAGCAAGUCGAGCCAUGGCUGGGGAUACGUCGCUGAGUGAGAACUACGCCUUUGCGGGCAUGUACCAUGUUUUCGACCAGCACGUGGAUGAGGCAGUCCCAAGGGUGCGCUUCGCCAACGAUGACCGGCACCGCCUGGCCUGCUGCUCUCUCGACGGCAGCAUCUCCCUCUGCCAGCUGGUGCCCGCCCCGCCCACGGUGCUCCGCGUGCUGCGGGGCCACACCCGCGGCGUCUCCGACUUCGCCUGGUCCCUCUCCAACGACAUCCUCGUGUCCACCUCGCUCGAUGCCACCAUGCGCAUCUGGGCCUCUGAGGAUGGCCGCUGCAUCCGAGAGAUUCCUGACCCCGAUGGCGCCGAACUGCUCUGCUGCACUUUCCAGCCGGUCAACAACAACCUCACUGUGGUGGGGAAUGCCAAACACAACGUGCACGUCAUGAACAUCUCCACGGGCAAGAAAGUGAAGGGUGGCUCCAGCAAGCUGACGGGCCGGGUCCUCGCUCUGUCCUUCGAUGCCCCUGGCCGGCUGCUCUGGGCAGGCGAUGACCGUGGCAGUGUUUUCUCCUUCCUCUUCGACAUGGCCACAGGGAAACUGACCAAAGCCAAGCGUCUGGUGGUGCAUGAGGGGAGCCCUGUGACCAGCAUCUCCGCCCGUUCCUGGGUCAGCCGCGAGGCCCGGGACCCCUCGCUGCUCAUCAAUGCUUGCCUCAACAAGCUGCUGCUCUAUAGGGUGGUGGACAACGAGGGGACACUGCAGCUGAAGAGAAGCUUCCCCAUUGAGCAGAGCUCACACCCCGUGCGCAGCAUCUUCUGCCCCCUCAUGUCCUUCCGCCAGGGGGCCUGUGUGGUGACCGGCAGCGAGGACAUGUGCGUGCACUUCUUCGAUGUGGAGCGGGCAGCCAAGGCCGCCGUCAACAAGCUGCAGGGCCACAGCGCCCCCGUGCUGGAUGUCAGCUUCAACUGCGACGAGAGCCUGCUGGCUUCCAGCGACGCCAGUGGCAUGGUCAUCGUCUGGAGGCGGGAGCAGAAGUAGGUCCUGCCGUGUCCGCCUUCCCUCCCGCCUCCCGCUCCAGCCUUGUGUUUGUAAAUAAAGUUCCUGUGGUUGUGCCUGUGGCUGGCUCCCAGGUCUCCUGGGGGUGGACUCGGGGAGGGGG